UCCUUGAGUCUGUUCUUCUCCCACUGUGUUUCUCAGCCCCCAAACUCUGCCUUUUAAUAAGAGCUUUUUUUUGGGGGGGGGGACUACAUCUCCCAGAAGCCUCAGCCAUACUGGCCAAUGGUGUGGGAUUCUGGGAGCUGAAGUCCAAAAUCCCUUCAAAUAAUAAUAAUUUAUUUAUAUCCCGCCUCUCUUUUCCGAUCAAGGCGGGUUACAGAAGUACAGUUAAUACGAUAAAAUACAUAGUAAAAGCAACCUUAAAAAAAUAAUCAGACUUGCCCAUCCCUCCCACCAAAGGAAAAAUAGUGACUAAUGAAAAUGCAGUUUAAUAACAACAACAACAACAAGUUUAGGGACCACUGCAUGUAGUUCAUAAACACAGGGCACUUGCCACAAAGAACUGAUACCUUCUAAUAAUGUCUGUGUGAUCUAAACAUUGCGUUCAAGUGAAUCGGGUGCAAUCUGGGUUGGCUGGGAUAUAAUAUGUGAUCCAGUCCAAGGUAAUCUUAGACAAAAUACAGUUGAUCUUAAGAAAAUAGUUACAUUUUAUCUGGAAGCAAACUCCACUGGUUUCAGUGAGAUUUGCCUCCAGGGUUGUGUGUGUGUGUGUGUGUGUGUGUGUGUGUACAUAGUCAGCCCUCCACAUCUUCAGCUUUGACUUUUGUGGAUGUAAUUAUUUGUGGAUUUGAUUGAUGCAUUCGUUCUCUUUUGGAAUCUCUAGGUUCUCCAGCACAAUUGGGUUGGAAAUUGACCGUAUGGCUUUGCUGGAGGACUUAGGCCUUACUAGAGGAAAAACCUCUCUAGGCAUUUUUACAUCCUCCAACACGAUUCUGCAGUCCCCUUCUGGCAGAUGUUGGCCACAGAGUUGCUCUAGUCUAGAGAGAUUCCCAGAGAGGUGUUCUCUUAGGUAAAAAGAAUAGUGAGUUUUUCUUAUUUGGGGUUUUUCCACCUUCAUGGGGAUCCUUCAACCUUAACCCCAGUGAAUGUGGGGGUACCACUGUGUGUAUGUAUGUGUGUGUGUGUGUGUUUGUUUAGGAUUGCUGCUUUAUUACGAGUAAACAUUAAAUUUAUGUUCAGUUCAUGUUUAAAUAUGGUGGUUUUGAGGACUAUCGAAUUUAUGACACCAGUUCUUUCCAGUUAAUAGACAUUGAUUCAUGAAUACUGAAAGAACAGUGUCACACAAUAUGUCCUAUUUUGCUGACUUUACAAAGACUGUUAUCUCAUAUUUAAAUGGACAUUAUAGCAUUAUUUUCCUCCACCACCACCUUUCUCUUUAACCUUUUAUUCAGGCAACUUAAAAAAAGAUUACCGCCAUUGAGUACCUUAAUCUAGACUCUUUCUUAAUCCCUCUAAGAAUCCUGGAGUAAGUUAGAGAGUGUAAAAGGUUCCAUAGUCACAGAAGUAUUUGUGGGUGCAGAAUCAAGGGGACUCCAUAAUACUCAGAUACACAGAGACAGAAAACACAUUCACAUAAGGUAAAAUGUUUGUUCUGAAUAGUUGUCAUUUUUACAGACAUACACACAAUAACUAGCAGAAGUGUGGGAAAUUGAUAAAACCUGGGGGAUGUUAUUACCUGAAGAACUAUAACCAAUGUCAUUAAAUGUCUGGAAGUCUACUUUCUAUGAAUUUUGCAAAAAGAAAAGAAAGAAAAUAGUAAUAAUGUGACUCUGGAGGACUAAAAUGUCCCAUCUGUCUGGAUGAGGAUUAAAGUAUAUUGCUAAAGUGAAGAUUUUAAGACAGAAAUUUCAGCAAGUGAUGUGGUCCCACUUUGAGAAUUUACUCUUUUUUAAAAAUUCCUAACUCGAAGGAAAUGUUUACCUGAAGACACUGGUAUAAACUCCAUAGGUGUAGUAGUAGUUUCUGUGCUUUUAUUCUUUGCAAAUGUUAUGCUUUUCUUAAAAUAAAAUGAAAAAUGGUAUGUGAAUAUAUACUGUAUACUAAUUGGUGUUAGUUUUGACUGACCAUCUUGUUAUUUCCAGCCAGGUUUGGAGAUGGCUUGUAUGAUUCCUACAUGAGAAUAGAUCAGAUUAGAUAUUCAGAUCCUGCAAAUGAAGAAUGCGCUCCUUCUGGACUUCCUUCACUGGGGAGACCUAAUUUCAGCCAUAAGCCCAAUGAAGAAUGUUACUAAAAUGCUAAUUCUCUGGAUCAUAUUUUCUAUGAGUUCCUCAAAAGGUAGCUACUAACACAGUCACAAUGAAGGAUCAUCCUUUGACUGGGAGCCAAGUCAAAGUUGAGCAGCUGUUUGAAGACUCUGGUAACAGACGGAGUAGUACUCUUCAGAUUUCUGGAAUAAAUGGCUCUGAAAGGUCUUUUCCAACUCCAGCAAAAGAUAAAAGCUUUGAUAGUAUAACUAUAUCCAAAACCAGUAGCAGUUCAACAAAAAUAUAUAAAACUGGUAGUCAAUCUCCAGACCAAGCUCUGAAGCAAUACAAGCAGCAGUUAACAACCUAUGAGCAGCAAGAAAUAUUUAACUUUCCUGAAAUUUAUUUUGUGGGUCCAAAUGCAAAAAAAAGACAAGGAGUCAUUGGUGGCCCAAACAAUGGUGGAUAUGAUGAUGAACAAGGCAGCUACAUCCAUGUGCCUCAUGACCAUCUUGCCUACCGAUAUGAAGUACUUAAAAUAAUUGGAAAAGGCAGCUUUGGCCAAGUAGCUAAAGUUUUUGACCAUAAACACCACCAGCAUUUGGCCUUGAAAAUGGUAAGGAACGAGAAGAGGUUUCACAGGCAAGCAGCAGAAGAAAUACGGAUCUUGGAGCAUCUCAAAAAACAAGAUAAGACUGGUAGCAUGAAUGUCAUUCACAUGCUAGAGAGUUUUACCUUUCGUAAUCACAUAUGUAUGACCUUUGAGCUCUUGAGCAUGAAUCUAUAUGAGCUGAUCAAAAGAAAUAAGUUUCAAGGCUUCAGUGUACAGCUUGUGCGCAAGUUUGCCCACUCUAUCUUGCAGUGUCUGGAGGCUCUUUUUAAAAACAAAAUCAUACAUUGUGACUUGAAACCUGAAAACAUUCUCCUGAAACAGCAAGGACGAAGUGGAAUCAAAGUAAUUGAUUUUGGAUCCAGUUGUUUUGAGCACCAAAGAGUCUAUACUUACAUACAGUCUCGAUUCUACAGGGCUCCAGAAGUCAUUCUGGGAAGCCGCUAUGGGAUGCCCAUAGACAUGUGGAGCUUUGGUUGUAUUCUUGUGGAACUAUUGACUGGUUACCCUCUCUUUCCAGGAGAGGAUGAGGGUGAUCAGCUAGCUUGUAUGAUGGAGCUGCUUGGGAUGCCCCCUCAGAAGCUUCUGGACCAAUCCAAGCGAUCCAAAAACUUCAUCAACUCAAAAGGUCAUCCUCGCUAUUGCACUGUAACAACACAGCCAGAUGGGAAAGUUACUUUCAAUGGCAGCAGAUCACGUAGGGGUAAAAUGCGUGGUGCUCCUGGUAACAAGGACUGGGUUACAGCAUUAAAAGGCUGUGAUGACCCCUUGUUUAUAGAGUUCUUAAAAGAAUGUCUUAAUUGGGAUCCUUCUGCACGGAUGACUCCUAGCCAAGCUUUAAGACAUCCUUGGAUUUGUAAACGAGUACCUAAGCCACCCAGCACAGAUAAAACGUCAGGCAAGCGGAUUGCUCAUUAUACGAGCUCUUUCCCAGGGAUUGGUUCCAGAUUACCCCCAGUUGUUGGGGUAGCCAACAAACUGAGAGCUAAUCUAAUGUCUGACACAAAUGCCAAUAUACCUCUAUGUACUGUGCUACCAAAAUUGGUCAGCUAAUAGAGAAUUACAUAUUCCCAGAGUACAUAUGCUGUGUUUUUAAUUAUCUCCCUACAAAGGUCUGGAAGGGGGGACCCUGAAAAGAAUUUUUAUUGAACAGUAAAUCUUGUAUAAAAAACGGAAUCAAAAAAUAAGCAUUUUAAGGGCUGUAAUUGUUUUAUCAAGUCAUUUCAGCUGGAAUAUGGUGGUUGUUACAUCACUUCUGAUAGGUCAGCACAUGUGUUUGUUCAGUGAGGUUAUGCACUGUGUAACAGAUGGAUUUUAUAGCAUUGUUGUAAUAAAACUCUAAAACCA